AUGCGCCCUUCACUCUCAAGGCUGGCCUCGGCCUCGGCCAUGCAAAACGGCGGCCUGCGCCCCAAGCCAAUGGCCCUCCUGCCUCCCAUCCCGCUCUACCGCCGCCUCCUGCGCGCGCACCGAAAACACCUUCCGCCGGACAUGAGGGUCCUCGGCGACGAGUACGUCAAGGCCGAGUUCAGGGCGCAUCGAAACGUGGACAAUCCUGCGCAUUUGAUUGGCUUCCUCACCGAAUGGCAAAUGUACGCUCAGCAAAUCGAGGGCGAGUCGUGGGUGGGCGAAAAGAUCGACCAGAGCAAACUCCAGAAAAUGAGCGACGAGCAAAUCCAGCAGCUGUACGAAUUGAUGCAGGCCAUCCAAAAGCACCACAACGGAGAAGAUGCCGAAUAG